AUGAUUCCUCGAAGAAUACAUCGCAUUUUGAAUGUGAUUUUGGCGUGCUGCGUGGUAAGUUUUUUUUUGAAAUGUUGAAUUUCUCUCUUCUAUUCCCUUCUCAUUCUAAAAAUCAAUUUUCAGUUUGGUUUCCUGGUGAUAUUCAUCAAAAUCCCUUCGGCCGUUGAAAAACACGCGGAUGACACAGCACCUGUGCUAACAGAAAAAGAAUGGCAAGUUAUAAACCAAGAAACUUCGAAAAAUACCAAGAUACCAUAUGAAUCACCGGCCAACUCGACAAUAGCAAAUUGGAAAUUCAAAUCUCCAGAUAGAAGUGGCUCGAUAAGUGGAGCUGAUAUUGUGGAGAAUCUAAAAUUGUUGAACGAAAAUUUCGAUGUGUUGAAUAUCGAUAAAUUUGGAGGACUGGAGAAUGUUGAGCGAGUUUUAGUUGUUCAGGUAUUUAGAACUAUAGUUAUUUCCGUUUUUUGAAAUUUUCUGUCAAGCAGAAAGAGAAUGUUGCUCAUAAAAAAUGCAAGAGCUUGACGACAAAUGAGCCAAUAAAAAAUGUCCUUUUAGACAAAUAUGAACGUUGGUUUUUUUCUAGGUUCACAAUCGUCCGAAUUAUCUGGAAGUGAUAAUCGAUUCAAUGCGAAAAACUGUUGGCAUCGAAAAAACGCUUCUCGUAUUUUCGCACGAUAUAAAUGUGGCGCCAAUCAACGAAAUGAUACGAAACAUCACAUUUGCACGAGUCUAUCAAAUUUUCUAUCCCUACAACAAUCAACUGUUCCCCGAUGUUUUUCCCGGGAAUAAUCCGAGGGAUUGCAAGGAGAAGAUGAGUGAAGCGGCGGCUGAAGAAGCUGGUUGUGACAAUUGGAAACAACACGAUAAAUAUGGAAAUUACCGGCUCGUUCAAUUGACACAAAUCAAACAUCAUUGGUGGUGGAAGAUGAAUUUUGUGAUUGAUGGAAUUGUUGAGAAAUUCAAAAUGCCUAAUCCGUGGAUUUUAUUGCUUGAAGAAGAUCACAUGUUAUCCCCAGACGCGUUGCAUGUUCUAGAUUUGAUUGUUGAUAACAAAGUGACGUGAGUUCUGCAGCAAAUCAACAAAAAUGCAAUUAAAAUUUUGCAGAUAUUGCCCAACUUGCGAAAUCAUAACACUUGGAAUUUACCUGAAAACCAAUAGUAAAUACGGGAAAGAUAUCGCUAAUCUUGGAGUUCAUCCGUGGUAUGCUAGCAAGCAUAAUAUGGGUUGGGCGUUGCAAAAAGACACUUGGAAUAAGAUUAAAGGAUGUGCAUCGGUGAGUGUUUGGUGCUUGGAACGUCUAAGAAAUCUAUGAAAUUAUUUUCAAAAAUGACCUUUUGCCACGUCAUAGACUGUUUUUUCAAAGUCUCCAAAAUUAAUUUAAAAUUCCAAGCUAUUGUCUUCUUAUUUUUUAGCCGAUUUUCAAAAAAUCUCUAUUUUUGCCCAAAAUAAAACACGGAUGUUGUGUUUUUUUUGUUCAAAAAUUGUUUUGUGCUCCCUGAAAACACCUUGCUCAUGACUAAUUCCCAAACCUUGCCUACGCUCUCGCCACUUUUCCAAAACACAAUUUUGCUCUUUUUCAGAUGUUUUGCAAUUGGGAUGACUACAAUUGGGAUUGGUCAGUGCUUCAAGUCACCGCGAAAUGUUUACCCGCGAGAUUUAAAACAAUUUUCGCGAAAAGUCCACGUGUAUUUCAUAUUGGUGAUUGUGGUGUUCACACGCAUCGGUGAGCUUUUUUUCUAUAGAUUUUUUUUUCUGUCAACAUAUUUUUUUUUUGUUUCAGAUGCGAAGUUCAUCGUGCACUUGAAGCAACAAUUCAACUAUUCGAACAAAACAAGAAUGAAUUAUUCCCCAAGGCAAUGACGGUUACAGAUGUAGGCUUUUUUUUGUUUAGAUGUUCUUUUUUUCGUCUCGAAUUUCUAGCCAUAGUUCAUUGAAACAAAACUUGCAGGUCUCUAGGAGAUCAUUGAAACCGCCGAAAGAAAACGGUGGCUGGGGAGAUCAGCGAGAUCGUGAUCUUUGUAUGCUGAAUGUCUCGCCGUUGUCCAAAAUUGCCGCGUCAAAUUAUUCAACCGUUCUAAUGCCAUUGCUCAACUCAAAAGUUCGACUAGAUUCAGACGACGGGUUAUGA